AUGAAUGAACGAAAAGCAGUUAACUACACAAAGUGCCGAAGAGAAUCGAGGCACUGGAAAUUAGCUGCAACUGUACUCGUCUGUCUCAUUGUAAGAAUUACAGCAUUUUUUAUUCUAUAUGUACUAGAGGGAAGCGAAUAUGAAUACAUUAACAUGUUAAUAAGAAUUAAAGGAGAUGCGAGGCCUUAUGAAAAUUUGCAUAAAAUAAAUGAACGUUUUUCGCACAUAGAGACACAUUAUGACUUAAAUGCGCAAGGGAAAAGGGACACAAAAAUAAUGGCAGAAUAUUUUCAGAAAAAUAAACGAAAUAGAACCUUGAAGCAGUUUAUAUUAAGAAAUGAUGCGAUGCAUUAUUCCUUUAACUCAGAUAUAUACAACUUAAAGUACAUCUAUGAAAGUUACAUAUUGAGUAAGAUGUAUGCAGAUGUAUAUCCUUCUCUCACGGUACGCAUCAAUCCGAUUUUUCUUAACAUCUUGCAUUUCCUUCUGCUUAAGGAAAUUGCAAUAAAACAGAAUGGUUGUGUUGGAGGUGAUGAUAAGGGAGGUAGAAACCAUAGCUCUGAUGGAAAUCAUAGCUGGAGGGGUAGAUGGUGUGAGAUAAUAGAUUCACUGGUGAACAACCCAGAACUUAGAUACUUCCUUCUCAUCUGUGUAGUAGAUAUUCUAACUGGAAUAUUUUUAUUCCUAAUUGUACAGUGUUUGGAAACAUGGAAAAUAUAUUUUCAUUAUGUAAAUCAUCAAGAUAACCAGAAAAAGGAAUGGAAAUUGAUCGAUCCCAUUUUGUUAAUAAAUAUCUACCUUAAUAAUCCACUCUCCAUAUUAUCAAAUAGCUUUUUAACAUUUGACAAUUUCAAAUUUUUAAUAAUAACAAUGUCUUUUUAUUUGACCCUUAAAAGAAAUACUAUAAAAUUUCAAUUUCCACUUGUAUCUCUUCUCAAUCUUAUUACAAUACUUUUUCUGAAUGCAUUACUUUUAUAUGUAACAUCAUUUCAUUUUAUCCUAAUUCUUAUCGGCAUAAAUAAUUUUAUCAUUUUUUUUCACCAAAAUUUAAUGAAUAAGCAUAAAAUUAAGGACACAGUUAACUUUUCUCAAAUGUUUUAUAUCUUGUUGCAAAAUCUUAUUCUGUUACUUUCCACAAUUGCAAUGUAUGUUCUUCUUAUACUUGCCUCUGUUCAUCUAAAUUCUGGCUCAUUGUCUUUUCUGAACAACACCAUAAUUAAUGAGUAUAAGAUCCUUUUUCUAUUACCAAAUCUGGGAAAUUAUUGGUACCUUUUUUCUACGAUGUUCCAGGACUAUUACCAUUCCUUCUUGUUCUUAUUCCAUUUUCAUUUGUUCCUUUACCCGGUUCCUCUCCUUUUUCGAUUGGUGAAGACACCAUUGAUUUAUUUAAAAAUUAUGAUUGCGAUUGCUUUGGUAUUCCAUCCUAACAUAACAGUCGGCGAUAUCGUAUUUUCCUUGCUGCUGUUCAUAAUUGAUUACGAGAGGACAAUUUAUGCCAUCCCCUUCGCUAAACUGAUAAUUAUACUACUUGCAAACCUUGGCCUCUUUUUUGUUACAACGAAUUUGUGGCUCCGCAAAAAUACAGGAAAUGCCAACUAUGCGUUUUUUAACCAAUUGGCUGUUUUCAACAUAACAACUUUUAUAAUAACAAGUAGCAUAAAAUUUUAUAUUCGUGUCCAAACACCGGUGAAACAACUAGAAGAAGGAAAAUGCAUAGUCGUAUCGAGGCAUAAAGUAAAGUUUAGCAUUUUACGAACUUUGAAGGAAACUUUUUCGUAA